AUGGGAUCUCAAGGCCUCCCUCUCGAUGCUCAAGCUGUUGACGAAUGCCGCCCCAUCAAGGUUAUCUGUAUCGGCGCCGGCAUCUCGGGCAUCCUUACUGCCAUCCGCUUUCCGCAGCGCAUCAAGAACUUGGACCUUACCGUGUACGAGAAGAAUGAAGGUCCCGGCGGCACAUGGUUUGAGAACAAAUAUCCCGGAAUCUCUUGUGACAUCCCCUCUCAUGCGUACCAGUACACAUUCGAGAACAACCCGAAUUGGUCCCGGUUCUACUCCCCUGGAUCCGAGAUCCUGGAGUACCUCAACCAUGUCGUUGACAAGUACGGCGCUCGGAAGUACAUGAAGUUUCAGCACGAGUUCAAGGGUGCUCGCUGGUGUGAGGAUACAGGCAAAUGGGAGGUUCAACUUCUCAGACACACGGACGGCCAAACCAUCUACGACACGGCCGAUGUCGUGGUCAAGGCCACCGGCACGCUGAACAAGUGGAAGUGGCCCGACAUCCCGGGGCUCCACGACUUCAAGGGGACGCUUCUGCACUCCGCUAACUGGGACACGUCCUUUGACGCGGCCGGCAAGACGCUGGCCGUGAUUGGGAACGGGUCGACGGGCAUCCAGAUCGUCCCGGCCCUGCAGCCCAAAGCAAAGCGGAUCGACUCGUACAUCCGCUCCAAGGCGUGGGUGUCCCCGACGGGGCCUUAUGCCGAGGUGGUGGCCGAGCACGGUAACGCCGAGAACUUCACCUACUCGGAAAAGGAAAAGACUGCGCUCUCACAGAACCCGGCGGCGCUGUUGGCCCACCGGAAAGACCUCGAAGAAGUCCUACACCGGGCCUACCUGGGCAUCUUCUCCAACUCAAAGUCUCAGACAGACGCGUCCGAACGGCUCGAGACGCUUCUCAGGAAGAAGCUCGCGCCUAAACCUGGCCUGUUCGAGCUCUUGAAGCCCGAGUGGCCCGUCGGCUGCAAGCGGCUCGGCGCCUCGCCGGGCUACCUCGAGUCCAUCGUCCAAGACAACGUCGACAUCGUGACGUGUGGGAUCCGGCGCGUCACGCCGAACGGCAUCCUGGGCCGGGACGAUGUCGAGCGGCCGGCCGAUGCCAUCAUCUGCGCCACGGGCUUCGACACGUCCCUGAGAACGACCAGCACACCGAUCAUAGGCCAAGACGGCAUAUCGCUGAACGAGGUAUGGACGCCCGAGCCAGAGGCCUACCUGUCCAUCAUGCCGGUCAAGAUGCCCAACCUGUUCCUCUACCUCGGGCCGAACGGGGCGCCCAACUCGACGAUGGUGGUCAUGAUCGAGUUCCAGUGCGACUACAUGAUCAAGUGCAUCCAGAAGCUGCAGCGGGAGCACCUCAGGUCCAUGGUCCCGAAAGCCGAGGCCAAGGACGACUUCGUCCGGUACGCCGACCGGUUCUUCGACGGGACGGUGCUCACCGAGGACUGCGCGUCGUGGUUCAAGAGCGGCGGGCGCAGCGACGGGCGCAUCACGGCCAUGUGGCCCGGGUCGCUCGUGCACGCGUGGAGGGUGUACGAGAACCCACGGUGGGAGGACUUCGAGUACGAGAGGCUGCCGGCGACGGAGAGGAACAGGUUCGCCUGGUUCGGGAACGGCCUCACCGUCAGCCAGAUGCGGGGGACGGCGGCCACCGCGUAUCUCGACCACGUCGAUGUUCCGCCUGUUGAUCCUGCAUUUGGGGCGAAUAUAGCAAGGCAGCAUGAACCGAGACAGGCCUCUCUCAUUGAGGUCGUUCGGGUACAUAAGUAA